GCAUAAGGACCAUCAGAUGAGGUUUUGAAAUAUUUCCUAAAAAGAAUCUCAACGAAAACUCAAGGAGUAUUUUUUUUCUGAGUAAUUAAAAUUAGAUAAUCUUUUCAUCUGUAGGAAAAAAAAUCCAAAAUUUUUGGUAAGACUUUCAAGGUAUUUCGUAAUCUACCUCAACCGUUUCAACCUCCAUUCCCAACCUAUUUUCCCGAGGCUCCUGUUCCUGCUUUAGCAAAUACCUUCCUAUUUUCUGUACAGAUUGUGUUUUUUUCUACCUUACUGAUCAUGACCAGGUUUUUUUCCUAACUCCCAUCUCCUCCCACUAACCCUCUUCACUCUGCCCACUGAAAUGCCACUGCACCAGGCCGUUCAAGGCCUGGCUGAAAUGUUAUCUUCUCUAAUAAACCCCCUUUAGUUUUCCAGUUGGAAUCAAUCUUUUUCCUGGGUUCCCCUGGCACCACCUUAUGGUAGUCAUCAUGUACCGCCUUGUAUCAUAGAUGCAAUUAACUCUAAGAACGCUGCAGUUAAAAGGUACACUAAAUGUGAAGUUAAAUGAAUUGAUAAAAUGGUAAAUGUAUUUAGAAGCAAAUGAACCCAGCUGAAGUUUUCAUACUAUUUUUUUAAGUACAGAUUUUUGAAAUCUUACAAACUAUUUUUUAUAGAAUAUAAUAACCAUUGUUAGAGUUCUUAAGUAAAUACUUGUGGUAUAAUUUAAAUUAGGGAACAUUUAUUCCAUUCUGCAGUUUGAACAAAAGAGAAUUCCAAUAUUUGAAACCUCUUAAAACUUUAUGAACACUUGUAAUGAAAGACAAAUAGUAUACAUUAGUUUAAGAAUUUUCAUAUUUCCUAUUUUUUCCCAGAAACCCUGUGAUAUAGACAGAGAUUAUCAUACCUAAUUUCUUUGGUGAUUAAAUCAGUUCAAGGAGUUUAGGUUCACCAAAAUCAAAUAUUAAGUGGUAAAAACAGAAUUUGAACUCAGGGUUGCCCAGGGUUUUUCUCAUUCUAAGUACAGAAAUGUUUCUAGAAUACUGUGAGUCUCAGAAGAUCUCCUGGCUUGUUGGAGUAGGCCAUUGAAAAGAAAUUCCAAGUAGCUUUUGUUACCUUAAAGUGCUCCACUGAGCCUCACCGGCUGGGCCUUCCUUGGUCUGAAUUAUCAACAUGAAACUUUUCUUUGAACUAUCUCAUUUCACUUAGCUAGUAAAAUUUUCAGAUUUUUCCUCCUACUCAGCAACAGUUUGGCAAAUAAAAUUCGUAUCAAUAUAUUGCAAAUACUUCUGUGCUCAUGUAUUUAUUUAAUGGUCAUUGAGAUUUGUGAGCUUAAAGAAGGGCUGAAAAUGUGGUUUGUAUGAGCUUGUAUUAAAAAGUACACUUGAGCUUUUCCUAAAGCAUAAAACAAAGGAUGAUUUAACACACUUAGUUUAGGAUUCUUCAGAGAAAAUGUGCUUUAGAUCAUUAGAAAACUUGUUUUUUUUUAAAAAAAGAACUGAGGUAUAUGACAUACUAGUAAGAUAAAUUCAAUGCUAUUUGCUAAUAAAUUCUAGCUUCCACAAGGAUUAUAAUGAAAUUAUUUUCUACUAGGUUUAUUUGAUAAAAACAACUGUCUUAAUACAAAGACUUUUAUCUGGUUCUAUGGGGUGAGGGCUAACACACUGGGCCAUACCAAAUUAAGCAAUAAAGUUAUUAUCACAUAGCUAUCCUUCAUAUUGUGUGUGCAGUAUGCACCAGGUACUAUUCUAAGCAUUUUCUGUAUAUUACCUAAUUCAAUCCUCACACUAGCUCUAUCAUAGCAGUAGUUUACUACUACUAUCCCAUUUUCUAGAUAAGGAAGAAGACAUAGUAAGCGGUUAUAGUGAAAGAUCUUCAAAUAUUUUAUCAAGGAAGGAAAUUUAAGGACAGUAGACUUAUUACAAAGAGAAACAGCUCCAAGAAAACUAAUUUUGUGCGUAGAUCUAUACUAUGAAUCAGACAGGUAUAGUCAGUUUGGACAUUUUAUGCUUAUAAAUUGUUGGUUCUAGAAGAACCCAGAGAACAUUUGAAUUGAUAAGAUUCGACUAAUAGACUCAUAAAAAUUGUAAAACAGUGAAAUAUACAUGAAACAUUAUUUUUAAACAAACUGCUUAUUAAAGGCAAGGAGAGUUAGUAAAGAGCUUAGAGGGCUAGAUUAGAAUAAAGAAAUUGUCUCUCCCCAUCUGCUCUAAUUAGCUUAUCUCUCCUGCUUUCAUAGCAUGCUGAAGAGAGAAGAGUGAGGGGUACUUUGAAAGGACACCGUUUUUAUUUACGCUCAUUUAUAAUGGUUUUGGAAUGUUUGCCAAUUCUCAAACAUAAAUUUUUAAAUGUUAGAUCUUUCCUGUAACAAUUUGUUACUGGAAGCUUCAAGGCUUUGGGUGCUCAGUUAAGAGUUUUGGUCUUUCCUCAUCUCUUUGGUUUUGGCCAAAUGAUUAUGUUUCCUCAUUCUGGGAAGAUUUCUUUGGGUAUUUUGAUAUUUGUCCUGAUAGAAGAAAACCUUUCAUCAUUAACAGCACAGACCUACUUAUCUUUAGAAGAAACCCAAGAACCCACCAGUACAGUUUCUUUUCUCCCGACUGACUCAGAAUCCGCAGACUCUUCCCUGUCCAGUGGAAACAAACGACUUCGGGACCACAGAGAAACUGAGAGACACUGGUUGCUUAGAAGAAGGCGAUCCACUCUGUUCCCUAAUGGAGUAAAAAUCUGCCCUGAUGAAAGUGUUACAGAGGCUGUGGCAAACCAUGUGAAAUAUUUUCAAGUCCGAGUGUGUCAAGAAGCUGUCUGGGAAGCCUUUAGGACUUUUUGGGAUCGAUUUCCUGGGCAUGAGGAAUAUCGUUACUGGAUGAAUUUAUGUGAGGAUGGAAUCACAACUAUAUUUGAAAUGGGCACAAAUUUUAGUCAGUCUGUGGAACAUAGAAGCUUAAUUAUGAAGAAACUGGCGUACACGAAGGAAACUGUUAGCCGCCCUGAGUUGUCAUCUCUAGUUCCUGUUGGUGAUACCUCAACAUUGGAAGGUGCUGCCCUCAGAAUCCCAUAUCCAGGGGUGACCUCCUCUGCAGGUACCUCAGAGAGCAGCUUGGGGAGGCCAGAGGAGAGUAUUAGCAAUGAAAUUGAGACUGUGAUAGAAGAAUCCACAAAACCAGCAGCUGAGCAGAUUGCAGAAUUCAGUAUCCACCUUUUGGGGGAGCAAUACAGGGAAGAACUACGGGAUCCCGCUAGCUUCCACCACCAGAGCCUUGUAGAAGAGUUUAUCGCAGAGAUUGAAAAUGCAUUUACUGGGUUGCCGGGCUAUAAGGACAUCCGUGUACUUGACUUCAGGCCCCCCAAGGAAAAUGGCAGUGGCACAGAUGUUCACUAUGCAGUUACUUUCAACGGAGAGGCCAUCAGCAAUACCACCUGGGACCUAAUCAGCCUUCACUCCAACAAGGUGGAAAACCAUGGUCUUGUGGAAUUGGAUGAUAAGCCCACUGCCGUUUAUACAAUUAGUAACUUCAGAGAUUAUAUUGCUGAGACACUGCAUCACAAUUUUUUGCUGGGCAACUCCUCUUUGAAUCCAGAUCCUGGCUCCCUUCAGCUCAUCAACGUGAGAGGAGUUUUUCUUCCCCCCACUGAAGACCCGGUUUGGAACCCCCAAAGUGCAAGUCUUCCGGCAACCCCACCAUCUGUUCUGGAUAAUACCCGUCAAGCUGCAUGGCCCUCAGCUGAUGACUCCACCACCAGCAGUACUUCACUACUUGAUUUCAGCUCUGGUUCUCCCUCAGCCACUGGCAGGGAACUCUGGUCGGAAAGACCUUUGGGUGAUUUAGUGUCUACACCCAAACUAGACUUUCCCACGAAGGUGGGCCUCCAUUCUUCCCCAGCGGUUUUAGAGGUUAGCAGCUUGACUCUUCAUUCUGUCACCCCAGCAGUGCUGCCGACUGGCUUGCCUGUGGCUUCUGAGGAAAGGACUUCUGGAUCUUACUUAUUAGAAGAGGGAUUAACCAAAGUCGAAGGGUCAGAAGAUUCUUUUUCAGGUGAUCCUUUGCCCUUAAGUACAUUAACUCAUUCUGUACCAGAAGAAACAAUACCACCUAAGGAAGAUUCUGUGGUGUCUUUGACAUCCUCACCGUAUCUGGUCUCCUCUGUCAUAUUAGAUCCCCUUGCUCAGGAAGGGUCUACACCUCCUGGCUUAGACCCUUCGGCCUCCAAAGUUAACGGCCAAUUAGAAGUGAGCACUUUGAUGCCAGACACAUCCAUGGAAAAAGAGGUCAUAUUUGAGAAUGGCUUAGGCUCAGGGUCUGGGGAAAAGGUGAGUGGGAUUACUUGGCCAUGGAGCGACACUUCAUUAGAGAAGAGCAUUGAACCACUGACCAAAUCAUGGCUGGAAGAUGAGGAUUCACUUUUGCCAUUUGAGAGUGUGGAUGAGAAACUAGUUGUAGGUGACAAAAUAGAUUCCACAGACCGAAGUAUUGAGCACUCAAAAUAUGGGCAUAUUGAUAGAUCCACACACUUUUCAGAGGAAGAGCCCCUUGAGGGACCUACUGUGCCCUUCUUUGCAGAGACCACAACUCAGUCUGCACCUCUAAUUCUCUCCAAGCACACAUCAGAGGUACCUGACAUUGAUUAUUACUCAGUUACCAAUGCACCUCCUCUACUGACAUCUAUAGCAAUCUUUGAUUCUACUGGUAAACCAGAUCAAGUAGAACCAUUUCUAAAGGAGGAUAUGGAACAAACUACAGAGCCAUCCAAUCGUAAACAGUUUGAUAGCAAGAUUUCAACACUGAAGCCAGAUAUGCAAUCUUUGUGGACCAUAUCGCCAGAAUCAGAUGUAGUUUGGGAAAAAACUUCUUCCCUAGGAAAAUUGUCUGGAGACACAUUGGCAAGUGCACCGGAGAGUACUGACAAGCUCUGGUUGAAAGCUUCCAUGACACAGUCUACCGAAUUGCCUCCAACCACAAGCUCCACCCUGCUGGAGGAUGAAGUAAUUAUGGGUGUACAGGAUAUUUCAUUAGAACUGGACCGGAUAGGCACAGAUUACUAUCAGCCUGAGCUAAUCCCAGAAGAAAAUGGCAGGGUUGGUAGUUAUGUGGAAAUCUCUACAAAUGUUCACUCUACAGAGAUGGCUAUUGUGGCUCACCCCACAAAAAGAGGUGACUCAAAUCAUACCCAGACCACAGGAGCAUUGCUGGUUUUCUUCAGCCUUCGAGUGACUAACAUGAUGUUUUCAGAAGAUCUGUUUAAUAAAAACUCUUUGGAAUAUAAAGCCCUGGAGCAAAGAUUCUUAGAGUUGCUGGUUCCCUAUCUCCAGUCAAAUCUCACAGGGUUCCAGAAUUUAGAAAUCUUGAACUUCAGAAAUGGCAGUAUUGUGGUGAAUAGCAGAAUGAAGUUCUCCAAGUCUGUCCCUCCUAAUGUCAACAAUGCUGUAUACAUGAUUCUGGAAGACUUUUGCACCACUGCCUACCAAACCAUGAACUUGGCUAUUGAUAAAUACUCCCUUGACGUGGAAUCAGGUGAUGAAGCCAACCCUUGCAAGUUUCAGGCAUGCAAUGAGUUUUCCGAGUGUUUGGUCAAUCCCUGGAGUGGAGAAGCAGAGUGCAGAUGCUACCCUGGGUACCUGAGUGUGGAAGAACUGCCUUGUCAGAGUCUCUGUGACCUUCAGCCUGACUUCUGCUUCAAUGAUGGGAAAUGUGACAUUAUGCCUGGACAUGGGGCCAUUUGUAGGUGCCGGGUGGGUGAGAACUGGUGGUACCGAGGGGAGCACUGUGAGGAGUUUGUGUCUGAGCCCUUGGUGAUAGGCAUCACCAUCGCCGCCGUGGUUGGACUUCUCCUCGUCUCUUCUGCUGUUGUCAUCUUCCUCAUCAAGACUCUUCAAGCUCAGAAUGCUCAGAGAGAAAGAGAGAGGCCCUUUAGCAGACAGCCUGCCAGCCUUUCAUCCAUUGAAGAUGCCGUAAAGUACAACCCCAUGUAUGAAAGGCAUGGGGCGGGAAUGGAACAGUACAGGGGACCCUAUCCUCAGGGUCCCUUCCAGAGUGCUGCACGAGGUGAGGUGAUUGGUGGUCUGAGCAGAGAAGAAGUCAGACAAAUAUAUGAGAACAGUGGGCUUUCCAGAGAGGAAAUUCAAGAAAGAAUGAGAAUUUUGGAACUGUAUGCCAAUGAUCCUGAGUUUGCAGCUUUUGUGAGAGAACAUCAAAUGGAAGAGUUUUAAUCAAAACUCUGAUCGUGGACCUGAUUAGAAGCCCAGAGAAGAGAGAGAUCGCUUGUUACCUGUAUCAUAAAAUUAACCUGCAUUUUGAACUCU